CGACUUCACUUCUGCGAAUGCUGCAAAAGUUUUGAACGGACAAAAUAUUUACGCGCACUGUUGUACUUUAAAAAUACAACCGUCGAAAUUAGAAAAAUUGAACGUCAAGUUUAAUAAUGAUAAAUCUCGCGAUUUUUCCCAACAAGUUUUGCCCGCCGACCCGUCCGUCGGCAUGUUGCCCACCAUGCCCGGCCUUAUUGGUUUUCCUGCCUUCUCUCCAUUUCCCUAUGGCCCCUCAGCCGCCUUCGCCUAUCCCCUGGCCUAUCCAGCGCGACCUCCGUUUUCUCUCGGCGGCGCCUCCUUUGAUUUUGCUACUCAGCACAUGCCGGGCGCUCUUUCUUCCUUUCCACGAGAUGGUUGCGUCAUUUUAGUGAAUAACCUGGACGAAACCAAAGUGACUCCCGAUGUUCUCUUUACUCUCUUCGGCGUAUAUGCCGAUGUUGCGAAAGUAAAAAUUCUAUUCAAUAAAAAAGAAUCGGCGCUAGUUGAAGUGAUGGAUCCCCAGCAAGCGUCCAUUGCCGUUUCUCAUCUUGAGGGUGUUCCACUUUACGGCCGUCCGCUCCACCUCAUGCUUUCCAGGCACAAGUCCGUCCAGCUGCCGAAGGAUUCUGGCGGGCCAGUUGAAGGGCGCAUCCUUAAUAAGGACUUUUCCGAUAGUAAUUUGCACCGCUUUCGUAAGCCGGGCUCCCGAAACUUCCGCAAUAUCGUAGCCCCCUCCGCGACUCUUCAUUUAUCGAACAUACCAGACGACGUGUCUGAAGACCGAAUAAAGGAAAUCUUCAUGAAGCAGAAGAUGCCGGAAAUCCUUUCCUUUCGGUUUCUAAAUCCAAAAGAGCCAAAAGAAGGAAGGAAAAUGGCGCUUGCCCAGUUUGGCAGCAUUGAGGAUGCAGUCUACUCACUCAUCUUCAUGCACGAUUAUAAGAUUGACGAUAAAUUGAAUCUCAGAGUCUCCUUUUCCAAGCUGGAUUGCUGA